AUGAAUGCUAACAAAGAUGAGGCGCAGAAGUGUAUUCUUAUAGCUAGGAGACGUUUGUCUGUGGGUGAACGUGAUGCGGCGAAGAAAUUUCUUUUAAAAGCCUUGAAACUUGACCCAUAUGUCACUUACGAAGGUCUGGAAUUCUUGAUACGGCCCAGGUCCCGAUCAUCUAGUGUAAGGGAAGGGUCACAAGAAUCUCAAGGCUCACCUGAACGCACUCCAGAGUCCAGUAAAAGGAGGCAAUCAGGAAACGAGUUUACGAAGACCCAAGUGGAUUCCCUCAGGAAGGUACUUAGCUGUAAAGACUAUUACGAGAUCCUUGGAGUGUCUCGGACUGCAUCAGAUGAAGAAAUCAAGAAAGCAUAUCGAAUCCUUGCGUUAAAGUUUCACCCGGACAAAAAUAGUGCUCCAGAAGCAGCUGAAGCCUUUAAAAAGAUCAAGAAAGCUUCCGAAGUCUUGAUGGAUCCAGAGAAAAGACAACGAUAUGACCAGUUCGGUGCUGACGAAGAGCAAGUGAGGUCUCCGCAAGUUCAUAGACAUGGUGAUACAUUCUUCCAGUAUGAUGCUGACGUAUUUACCAUGUUUUUCAAUGGAGGAUUCCCAUUCUCGCAAGUAUACCGGGAUCAUCGACACACACGACAGAGGUCCCGCGAAUCAGAGCGUGAAAGUAACUACUUUGUCUACAUUCAGUUGGUACCACUUAUUAUUUUAUUUGGCCUAUCAUUCUUCAGUAACCUCUUCGUGAAAGACCCGUACUUUAGUUUAACUAAAUCAAACAAAUACUACAUAGAGCGGCAAACUGGAACUCACAAACUACCCUAUUUUGUUAAAAAAACAUUCGAACAAGAUUUCUCCGGGAAUAUUGUUCAUUUGGAGAAUCAAGUAGAAGAAGAAUAUAUUAGCAAUCUCCGGUUUAGGUGCUUCCGUGAGAAGGAUUACAAAGAAAAUCUUCUAUUCCGUGCAAGGUAUUACGGUGAUGAUGCUAGUUAUGAAAGGGCCAUGCAAAUGCACAUGCCUAAUUCAAUUAGACUUCCUGGAUUGUCAGGUACUGCCGUACGCAAAUAUUGUGUGCAUCAAAAUAAGUCUGCUUCCUGCAGUAGUAGCCGAGAGUCAUUCAACAACACUGAAUGUUUAUGGCGAUCUUUUUUCUAUGUGCCUGGUAAUCGAAUGAAAAUGCUUAAUAAAAUGGCCGAAUACCAUAGAGAAGCAGCUUCUUUAUCGUACCACAUUCCUGAUUUAGUUGUUCUUGACUGUGAAGAUGCUGUUGCUAUCGAUAACAAGCCUGUUGCUCGAAAUACAAUAUCUCAAGCCAUAACUUCUCCAAAUGGUGGACUUUUCAAGACAUUUCGUGAGACACUGAGAAGACAACUGGUUGUGCGUAUCAAUGGAAGAGAGACUCCUUUUGCUGUAGAUGAUUUAACGACAAUCCUGAAUGCUGCUGUUGAUUCUGCAGUCUCAAGGGAGUCUAAGUGGUCAGGUCCAGAUAUGAUAUGUCUUCCGAAAGUUGAAGAUAUUGAUGAUUUGAAAUGGUUGAACCACUCGAUAGAUGAAGUACUUCGUAAAAGUACAUUGUCGUUUUAUCCAUCUAUUGGUUUAAUUGCGUUGAUUGAAUCGUGCAAAGCUGUACUGAAGUUACCAGAGAUCUGUGAACAGGCCAAGGCAUUUAAACAUCCUCUUAAAUGUAUUGUUUUCGGCUCAGAUGAUUAUUGUGUCAGUCUAGGUGUCGACAGAAGUGAUGCUAACACAGAACUAUCUUAUCCUAGACAGUACAUUCCAGUUGUUGCUAGAGCACAUGACCUUGCUGCUAUUGAUAUGGUAGACAUAGAUUUUAAAGGUAAACUGUAUAAUUUCCUGAGUAGACUGAUUUAGAUCUUAAUAAAUUGAAGGCCAAUUGUGAACAAGGCGCUCGUUUAGGAUUCCACGGCAAGCAAGUUAUCCAUCCUACACAACUCUUAUGUGUCAACCAAAGCUUCUCACCUUCUCAAUCACAAAUGGAAUGGUCCAUUGAUCUGAUUAACGAAGCAUCUAAACACGUGUAUGGGGACCCUUCAAACGCAGGAGCAUUCAGUUUCCGUGGCCGCAUGAUUGAUCGACCAACCAUAAGACAGGCACAAAACACUGCUAGCAUAGCCAAACUUCUUAAUUUGUCAUGUAGUACCGACCAAAAAUGAUUCUGUAGAACAAUUUCCAAACUUUACCGCUUUGCUUUAUUGAAGUUGUAUGGAUUGGGAGUAUUAUAAAGAUUUACUUAUAAACUUUCCGUAUCGUUUUCUUACAGAAAUACUGGAUUGUGAGUUUGGACCCUUUUCUGUCCCACCGAUGCCUGGAC